GCUGCAUCUCAUCAUUGCUACCGUACUAAGUUACGACCUUUUUACCCGCUUUUUCUUCCCACUAGCCGCACCUUGUUUUCCUCCCUUCGUCCACCUUGGGUCCUCUCCAUUUCCUUCAUCUUAUUUCUCCAUUCGGGAGAAUCAUAAAUACCAUCAACAGAUAUGUCUGAAGUUCAAACAAGGCCUUCUGCCUCUCGUGGCAGAGUAUCUGGCCGCGGUGGCCGUGGCGGCUAUAGCUCCAGAGGUGGUCGAGGUGGUAGCAGAUCCACAAAGACAGACAACUCAGACGGCACACCCACCGCAUAUGAAGACGAGGGCGAGAUUGGCCAGAUGAAGAAGAAAUACUCGGACACUCUGCCCAUGCUGAAGGAGUUGUUCUCUGACUGGACUGAUGAGGAUCUGGUCUUCGCUUUGGAGGAUGCGGAUGGCGACCUUGAGGAGGCAAUUGAUCGCAUUAGUGAAGGCAAUGUCGCUCAAUGGGGCGAGGUAAAGAAAAAGACUACGGACCGCAGCCGCCCCAAGACCAAGGAGGUACAGAGCGCCCCAGUCGAGACAGUCGUUCCCCCUGUUCGAGGAAGUCGUGGACGUGGUGGCUUUGAGGGUCGUGGUCGCGCUCGUGGAGACCGUGGUCGCGGUGGUCGUGGUGGCAGGGCCGGUGCUCAUACCAAUGGAACCCGCGCAGAGAAGCCAGCUGUCGCCACUUCUGUUGAAGAGACCACAGCUACAACUGUAGCUGCACCCGAGCCUGCCCCGGCUACGAAGUCCGAUAAGACUGCCGAUGUCGAGCCAACCACCGCAGAGCCCGUCGACGACGGCGCCAAGGACGCUCCCAAGACCAGCGUGAUUCCGGAGGGCACAAAGAAGGGCUGGGCUAGCUUGUUUGCCAAACCGGCGCCGCCUACUCCUCAGAAGAAACCUGCUGCACCCGCUCCUGCGCCCGCGCCUGCACCGGCUCCCGAGAAGCCUGCUGCCGCUCCUGCAGCGGAGCAGAAGCCAGCUGAAUCCACACCUACUCCUGCCCAGGCUCCCAUCCCAGUUCCCAUUCCCGUUCCCGUCCCUGUUCCUGCAGAGAAAGCGCCCGAGCCGGUCAUUCCCCAGCCUCAGCCAAUCGUUGAAGAAGAAGCCCCGGCAGCUACACCUUCCGCUGAUGUCCCUGCUCCGAAGGAUGACUUGACAAAGAACAAUCUUGCUCAGAUCCCCGAUGUUUCUCCCCCUGCUCCCACGGCUACCGCAGCUAGCACCGUGGGCAGUGCCCUUGACUCUGUUAACCUUGCGGCGGCUGCAACUCCCACGCGUCAUGCUCCCGGAACUUACCCCUCCAGUGCCUUCAAGCAGAGCACACGGACUCCUGGCACUCAACGGCGUGUAAUGGAACAACAGGAAGCAGUGGUCAUGCCAGGAAACCAUGCUGUGGAUCGCGCCGCGGUCCAAUUUGGCAGCAUGGGAUUGAACGGCGAUGCUGCCGAUGUUGACAUUGAUGAGAACAGAGAAGAAGCCGAGACCCGUGCUCAACCCCCUCAACACUCUCCUGUUGCUCCUCGUGCCUCGCUGCCCCCUUCCACCCAGGCUCAAGCACCCACAGAAACCUCUGCGGUCUCUCGCCCGGCCCCGGGACUUCCUCCCGUGCCCCAAGUGUCUGCCGCUGAGAACUCCUUCACUGAUUUCGCCCGCUACACCGAUGCCCACAAGCCCUUCGACCCCUUUACCCAGCAGGUUACGCAGCCUCAACCUCAGAUUCAGGAGCCAUUCGCCAACCAAGCUCCCGUCCAACCUACUGUCACGACUGGUAGCGAGUACUCUCCGUUCUACGCAGUUGAUCAACGUCUUCCCUACAACUACUACGGCACCUACGGUCAGUCCCAAGACGCCACUGUUGCUGCUCAGAGAGCAGGAUUUGGUGUUUCGGGUGCCGAGGUGCAGCCGCACGUUCCUACCACUCAACCUCCUAGCCGCUACGGUCACGUUGAAGCUCCCAACAGUGGCCACACCACUCCCAACCCCACCCUUCCCGGCGCUACUCAGACACCUACAGCUCAGCACAUGCCUGGCCAGGGCGCUCACAGCUACGGAUACGGAUACCCGUACUACUCCAACCCCCACUAUGCCUCGUAUAUCGGUCAAAUGAACCAGUACGGCAGGAAUCGCCCGAUGUACGAUGACGCUCGGAGAUAUGACGACCACUACAUGCCUCACAGCACUCAGUACGGUUAUGGAAACCAGUAUGGCCCGUACGGCGGCAAGGCUGGAAUGUAUGGUCAACCUCAUGCCUUCUCCUAUGAGCACUCUUCGUCUCCCGCAACAGCAGCCACCUUUAACCAGGCCAUCCCGGGUCGCGACUCAGUCUACGGCCGUACCGGAUCCGCUCAGCCAUCCGAGAGCCAGCAGUCCGCGGCCGCCGGUUCCACUACCUUCGGAUCAGGCAUGUCGGAUGUCUUUGGUCGCACUCAGGGUGGCUUCGGACAGAACCAGCCAAUCACCCAGCAACCUCCGGUGACCACGGAGGAAACGAAGAGCUUUGACACCCCGAAGGCUGCGGGUCCCAGCCCUUCGCUCGCCCAGGCUAACCGUCCUGGCUCCGCGACCAACAGCGCCCCUGGUCAGCCCCAGGCCCAAACCGGCCUUCCCCCGCUGCAGGGCCAGCAGGGCCAGCAGGGCUUCGGUGGAUAUCCUCACUUAAACCCUCAGUAUGGUGGAGGAUUGGGUUCCCUUGGCGGCCAUCAGGCUGCGGCUACUCAGACUCACCAUCAGCCUACUGGAUACGGCAACUACGGUGGCGCAGGCUUCGCUAACUAUUACGGAAACUCUGGACGUGGAGGCUGGGGAGGCAACUACGGUCACUGAAAGGAUAUGGCGUUGCAUCUUUUCCGGGGGGUGGGGUCCUAAUGGCACCUUUACCUCCUUUAUUCUCGGGCGCGGCAAUCCCUC